AUGCCCGUCUGCAUCUUCUACCAACAGGGCCGAUGCAAGUUUGGCGAUCGAUGCAAGAAUGAGCAUCCAGGAGCCCAGUCCGCAUCCCCAUUUGGAGGAGGGGGAAACCGGUUUGGCGUGUUGGCUGGGGGAGGUUUUGCUGCUGCUGCCAGUGGCGGCGGCGCAUUUGGAGGUGGAUCCAAAGACAUCAUCAAGGACAACAAGUAUGGGCUGAAUCCCGAUGACAUAAGAACUGAUCUUACCCCCGGGAAGGGUAGGCCGCAAUGGAUAUUUACCUGCUACGGGCCAGGCAAGAAUGCUCCCGUACAGCUCUUCGGAGGCCCUCAGCGGGAACAGAGUUUUGAAGAGAUGCGUGCGUUACAUUAUGCCGCCGCUGCAGCUGGAAACGCCCAGCAGGCAGUGCAGGAUGCAAUGAAGCUCUACGCUGAAACAGAAGCCCAGAUACAAACCAUCCUUAACGAUAUAGAAGGGGCGGUCAGGUAUAUCAUGCAGGGCGAGAACACUCAUCCAAACCGUAUUGAUAUCAUUGAAGGGAAAACAGGCCCUUCACCAACGCCUUUCGGCCAGUCUUCGCCUUUUGCACAGGCUUCAACAGGACCGUCGACAGCAACCCCUUCACCAUUCAGCCAGCAAUCGACAUUCGGAAAGCCUUCAUUUGGUCAACCUACCCCCUUCGGCCAACCCUCAACCGUGGGAGCCGCUGCACAACCCAACCCCUUUGGGCAACCUGCUGGUCCACCACCAUUCGCCCAGUCACCAUUUUCGCAGGCUACACAAACGCAGGCCAAUCCUUUCAGCAAGCCAAGCACAGGCUCUUCCCCUUUCGCGCAGAUCAAACAGCCGAACCAGCAACAGCAACCCAACCCAUUUGGCCAACCAUUCGGUCAACCACAGCCACCACAACAACAAAAUCCAUUCGGCCAACCGCACCAGCAGCCGCAGACGCAGCAACAGACACCAAAUCCCUUCGGUACACCCCAAUCUCAGAAUGCAUCCACAGCCGGCCAACCUUCCCUUUCCCCCUUCGCCUCGAAAACCCCUGUCCAGCCCACAAACCAACAAAGUCCGUUCUCCACAGCACCUCCACCCACCUCCACCACCGCCACGCUCCCCCAAAAAGCCAAGCCACACCUCAACCCCUUCCCAGUCCUCCACGGCGAAACCCGACGCGACCCAGGAACCAAUCGCCUCCUUUCCUGGAAGGGCCAGGCAGUAAAGUACAUUGACAACGAACCUUGCUACCAGCAUCCGAAUGACGCGGGGACCUUUGUGCGUAUAUAUUUCCCCGAUGGCCCUCCAAAGCCGGAGACGCUGAGGGAUACAGAGGCAAAGACAGAGGAGUAUACGGCGGAGACCGAGGCGAUUUAUAGGUUUGUGAGGGAGCAUGGGGGUUUUGGCAUUGGGGGUGGAGAGGCGUCCAACAUGAAAGUGAAAGUGCCGGACGUGCCCCCUAGGGUGGAGUGGUGUGGGUUUGAUUUGUAA